AAGAGAAACAAGAAAAAAACAACUACAACAAAAACAACACCAACGAAAUGCGUAAUCACAUGCAUAUUGUGGAAUUUCCACCGAUCCGUUGCAAUAACCUGGUGGCCGGCAUAACAGCCGUUGUCGGCAUCAUUGGCGGUGUCCUACUCUUAACGCAAACAACGAAAACCUAUUUGGGCAAAAUCUCAGAUAGAAAAAAGAAGAAAGCCCAUGAUGGGGCGGAUUAUUUAUGCAAUGUCUGCUGUGCAGAUAUUGAUCCUGAGGAUUCAAAAACAUUUGUCAAAUGUUACAUUUGCCAGAAACACAUUUGCCGGAGUAUCAAAUGUGCCGACUGGUUACCAAAAACCGCCCAAUGGGAAUGUGAAUUAUGUCAAUCCUCAAAACAUUCAAUGGCCCAGACAUCAUCAUGGGUUGCCGAUCAACAAUCAUUUAAUCAACAGAAAUUGGUCUAUCCGAUGAGGGCAAGAAGUGAAAUAUUUAUACCCAUAUCCGAGUGUAAUGAUGGUUCAAUGCACUUUGAAAGUGUUAGUCAAAUUGGUGCCGCCACAGCUGUUAUAACGCCCGAACAAAAGCUCAAAAUACGCGAAUAUGUCGAAGAGCUGGUGGCAAAAAUGUUGGGUGGAAAUUUGGAUACAAUUGUUGUGAAUCAAUUGUCGAGAAGUGAAAAUUAUUUGUUAUUAUUUCAUAAAUACCACUCCAGACUGAGUAAUAUUUUAAAAAAUCUGGAAAAUGGCUUAAUAUUUCGUGCCAUCAAUAAAGGCGGUGAGUUGAGUUUCAAGAUGAUCUGCAUUAACUUGUCCACACUUUUUACAGAUUUACCUGCGCCACCACCAAAAACCAAUGGCCACCUGCACCCACAUCAUCACCCUCACAUCUAUACAAAUGGCUCAAUUUCGCAUGGUGAUGGAUCACGCGAAUCAACACCGGGUCCAGAUUUUACAGACAUUUCAGAAGCCCGCUUGCGUAAGAUGAUCCAAAGCAUCAUUGAGGAGACAAUCGAUAUGCCACCUCUAUCCAAAACUUAUGCUGUCUCUGAAAUAGCUCUAGAUCGGCCGAGUAAAAUGGCCGAUAUGAAUUUGGCAAAUGGUGGUGGGCUACGUCGCCAUCGUACCGAACAUUAUUUCGAGCCAACAAGCUAUCAGGAUCUAUUGGCGACAGCUGUGCUGAAUAAGAUUGUCGACAAACAAUCGAACAAUAAUCGCAACAUGACCGAAAGUUCACCCAAUUUGACACGCGUAAUGGCUGAUGGCGCCGAAGAUGUUACCGAUAUGGUCGACGGCUCUGGCGAUAUGGAUCAAAAUUAUAACAUGGAAAAUCAAUCGAUAACUUCGGGUAGUUCGGUGGAGCCUCGAAGUGAUUUAAGCUAUACGGAUACUGAACCUAAUGUUACGACUACUGAAGAAAAAUCUCCUGAAUUGUUGUUGAAUGCUGGCCGUGAAUCUGUUAUGAGUGAUUAUUUGGCAACUCAUAUGGUACCAUUACCAGAUCUAUCUGUCGUAGCAACGGAAUCUGAGAUGGAAGAUGAUUACAUGUCUGUGACUUCAAGUGCUGUCGGUGACAGCGCCUGGGAGAAUAAUUGGCUAUUCAAAAAGAAGAAACCCUCUCUGGCUGGAGGUUCAAUUUCAACAUCAAGCGUCGGUAUGUUGGUACCUGAUCCCAAGGAGGAUGUUCGUGCCCAAAUCGGUGAUAAAACGGCAGAUGAAAUUAGUGAUCUAUCCGAACUGGGUUCCGACACAGAUGAUUCGUCAAUGGAUUUGUUACGUGCCAAUUUGGAUCCAGUCAAUAAUCGUUUAUUCAAUAAACAUUUGAUUGGUGGACAAAAUAGUAAAAUGGUUUUAGAUGAAUUGAUCGAGCGCAGCAGUAUGAUUUCAAAUACUCUGCCAUUGGAUCAGGAGGAACCAUAUGCCGAGACACGCAAUGUUGAUGUGGAUGCUCCCAGUAAAAAUGAAGCCAUAAACACAAAUGUUAACCAGCAAAAUAAUAACAACAAUAAUAACAAGGAAGAUCAAAAGAAUUUAGAGGUUCUAAAUCCACCAACGGGCUUUGAGGAUGACAGUAGCAGCAGCAAUCCCUUGGCAGAUCAAUUAAGCAUUAAUAAUACCAGUCAGACAGAUGAUGAUGGUGAUGAUGAUGGCGACGACUACGAUGGUAAAAGUCGAUUGACCAGCACCGAAGAAAUGGAAGAUUUAACAUUGAGUUCAGAUGAAAUAACUGAGGAAAGGAAGAAGGGAGGAGGAGGAGGGGAUAAUACUUUAGUUGAUAAGUUAGAGGAGAACAAGAAUAGAGAUCUAAAUAGCAAUAGCAAUAAUACUAAUGAUACAACUACAACAAUAGAUUUUACUAAUACAACUACUACCACUUCUACUACUAAUACAAACUCUACUAAUAUCACAGCCAAUGAAACUAUCCCAGAUAGUCAAAACGAAAAUAAACUCGCAACGAAUACUAAUCUUAAUAGUACACCACCUAACAAUAAUACGACCACCAUAACCCCCACUAACUCAAAUACUCCCACCACCGCCAUCAACGACCAACAAACCUCUGAUAUUAACCCUAAAGACCAAGAAGAAGAACAACUAACCCAAACCCCAAUAACUUUAAAUGGAUCUUCUAACCACGACAUGACUCAGGAAACGAUAACAAAAAUGGAAGAAACAGAAACUGAUGAUGAUGAAAAUGAUCGAAUAACCACACUGAGAAAAUUCCUGCCAGGUUCUAUUGCAGAACGUGAAUACAAGAAAUGGUAUAAUGCUGUUGAAAUGCCCAAUAAUCCAUAUGCGCCGGAAGCUCUCAAACGUCGCAUAAGCGGCAGUCAAGAACGUUUCAUUGAUCUGCCUAAUAUAAAUGCAUCGACAGAAGUCAGCCCUCUGGAAAUGUUAACCAAAGACAAAGUUGAAGCUGAUGAAGCCAAUCAACGAGAAAAUGAAUAUAGAAGAUACAGUCGCGAUUAUUAUAUCAAUGACGGCUCGGCAAAAUCAUCACAAGUAUCAUCACCGGUGCGUGAAAUUGCUGCAACUAGCAAGGAUGUAGUAACAGAGGUAAACAAGCCAAACAAUCACACCAACAUCAACAACAAUAUGAACAAGAAUAAGAACAUUAAUGAAACAUUUGAGAAUCAUACAAAAACUAGUAGUAGUAACAGCAAAAGUAAAACAACCACUAACAGCAACAAUAACGAUUGUCAUUGGACGCUAUCGACCCCAGUGCGUCGUGCUAGUUCCCUUAAAUAUUUAAAUCAUAAUUUAACAUCCCCAACACCAUCAUCAGCAUCAGUAAUGCAACAAAGAUUAUCGAUUGGUAGUAGUAGGCCAGCAACAUCGGCUUCAAAUUAUCAUAUCGAUGAGAGUAAUGAUGAUUAUUAUUAUCCUCAACGUUCAUCAAAUCGUCAUUCACAUCAUCAUCAUCGUUAUUCCAAUAGAAAUUAUCGGUAUAACAAUGAGGAAGACAAUUAUGAAUAUAAUGAUAAUUAUGAUGAUGAGGGUGUCGAUGAAGAUCCCCAAUUGGAUUUAAUAUCACAACGUUCAUGGAAAAGUAGUUCAGCUUUGAAUACCACCACCAAUAAACGUAGAACCAUGAGUAUGUUAAGUGUAUUCAGCGGUAAUAGCAGCAGCAGUCGUUGCGGUAGUGUUGUUAGCUCUAGAUCAUGCAGUCAUCAUCAACCGGAUUCUAGUGUUUUGACACAAUUUGAAAAACAAUUACUGCACAAGGAUUUGAAACGUAAUAGUUUUCGUGCUGUCUCGGCAACGACCAAAGAUUUUGUCCUAAAUCCCCUGUUUGAAAAGCAACAAUUCUUUAAUGGUGAGGGGGGACUAAAAUUGUCGAUAGCUAAACCGAAAAUGGAAGAGGCUGACGAUGGGGACGUUGAUAGUCAGAGUGAAAAACUUAAGCGGCAUCAACAAUGUGAUGAUCAAGGCGGUGAUUCGGGUGUUGAUAGUUGUCUAAAUGGUUUCAGUGAAAAAGCCAGGGAUGAGGUGCCUGAAACUGUACAGCCACCACAAGUGGAAAAAUCUGAAACUGCUUCAGAUUUAUACAAAGCCAUACCAGCUCAAGUAGUAAUGACGGUGGAGGAUAAUACAACAACAUCAUCAUCAUCUCUUGAUACCAUGUCGCAACAAUCAUUACAAUCUGGUGUAGGUGGUGGAGCCACGACCAGUGAUGAUUCGGAUACAAUAAAAAUAUAUAAUUUUAAGAAACAAGAAACAACGACUCUUAGUCGGGAGGGAGAUCGAGAUGUGGCUGCUAGUGAAUCAACGAAAAAAGAAGAGGCGACAAAACAGGCUCCCGGCGAAACAAUAGCCAAAGAACGACCAACGAUGCUAAAUAUAAGUCGACAGGAAAGUACAACACCAUUGAGUGCGGGUACAACGCCCACACGGGGUUCAACACCGCCGGCAUUCAAAUUUUUACAACCAAAACGAAAGCUGUUAAAUCCAAGUCAAGUUUUGUCCCAAGAUGAUGAUGAUGGAGAGCAACCAUCAUGUAGCCAGGACAAACCAGAUAAACCUGUCAUCGAAAAGGAAGUGGUCCAUGCAUUGCCUUCGGUAAAGGCCUUGGCCAGAGCCUUUUUAAUGACUUCAUCAUCGUCCCAACAUUCAGCCGAAAGAAUAUGGCCACGAAAGGCUAAAACGAUACCCGGACAAUUGAAAACUCCCACAAAAUCCAUUGUAAAACCAAUUGAAAGUCCAAAAGCCGAGGUAGAUAAAUCAGAGGAAGAUGCCACAAUAGCAUCUGAUUUAUCAUCUCUGGAAACAGAUCCAUCAUCGGCUGGAAAAACGCCAGAUGAUACCAAAGACCAACCGAAAUCAACGACACCCGCAAAUACUCCCACCACACCAGUCAAAGCAACAACGACAGCGACAACACCCACCACUCCCGUGCGGCAAGGCGUCCUUAAAAGUAAUAUUGCUUUCUUUGAAAAUUUAAAGUUUAAGUAAAUAUUAAUUUGGAAAGGAAAUUCGACAACAACAACAACUAAAACUACUGCGUAGGAAAUUC